ACUAGAACAACAUCGAAUCGAAAAUCGUAGAAUUUUUCAGUUUUCUUUUCUCAGGCCGAGGUGUAGCGUUAAUGGCGGGUUGCCGGUACCAUAAUAUUCCAUAAAAUUCGUUACCUUCUCACUGUAAUGUAGAUCAUUGUACUAAACCGUGAAUUGUGCACUGUGAAACCUUUCCACUAUGUCGACAGUACUUUUAGCUGUAAUUGCUGUUAUACUUUGUGUACUUUUCCGAAUACUCAAUGUGAACAGUCAACCCCACAAGCCUCUCAUUUAUGGUAGAGAUAAAAACUUCAUAGAAAAUAUAUUGUUCAUUGCACCAUUCCUAUACGAACCUUACAUUCCAACAAGAUUAUGGGGGUUCAGUGGUCAUGUUCAAACAAUUUUACACAGCCUAAUAGGCCGAGUGAGAUGCCCUUGGCCUAUUGGUGGUAGAAUCUCUUUGAUACUGCCGGACAGGUCAACACUUACAUACGAUCUGUAUGAACCACUAGGAGCAGAACAUGAAGAUGACGUCACAGUGGCGAUCUGUCCCGGCAUCGGCAACACGUCGGAGAGUGUGUACAUUCGCACCUACGUGCACUACUCCCAGCGGCACGGCUACCGGUGCGCUGUGCUCAACCACAUCGGCGCCCUCAACAGUGUUCCAGUUACUGGCAACAGGAUAUUCUCAUACGGUCACACGGAUGACUUCAACUACAUGAUAGAGAACCUCCUGGAGCGCUACCCCAACACUAAGCUGAUCCUGGUGGGCUUCAGCCUGGGCGGCAACCUGAUCACCAAGUACCUCGGCGAAGACAGGAAACGACCGAAGAACAUCAUCGGAGGCAUCUCCAUAUGCCAAGGAUAUAAUGCCAUUGAUACAAUGGUAUACCUGCUGCAGUGGCAGAACUUCCGGCGGUUCUACCUGUACAUAAUGACGGACAACUACCGCAAUAUCAUCACGCGGCACAAGCGCAUGCUGCUCAGCCCCGAGAUGAAGAGCCGGUACUCGCUGGACGAGAAGAUGAUCGUGUCCGCCGGCACACUGCCGGAUCUGGAUGAGGCUUAUUCUAGGAAAGUACACGGGUUCGAGUCCGUGGCUGAUCUGUACAGGUGGAGCUCGUCGGCGUUCUACCUGGACAAGAUCAAGACGCCGAUGGUGUUCAUCAACGCCAAGGACGACCCCAUAGUGCCUGAGCCGCUGCUGCCCGUCGUCAGAGAGUUUGUUAGCCGGCACGACCAAAAGAUGUACCUGGAGCUGUCGCACGGCGGCCAUCUUGGUUUCUACGAGGGGGGGCGGUUCUUCGCGAACCCGGUCACGUGGCUGGACCGCGCUCUCGUCGGCUUGGUCGGCGGCCUGCUGAUGACGCACAACAAGUGCUCGCCCAAGGACACCAGCACCCAAAGCGAGAUGUCCAUCUCCGAUGACGAGCCGGACCUCAUCAAGUCCACCAUCAUAUACCGCGACCCCCUGGAGAAGGUAGCUUAGUAUGGCUAUGAGAUUAAGGGUUACAUGAAUCUGGGUUUUGGUUAACCCUGGGUUAGGUUAGGUUAGAGGUUAGUCAUAAAAAUCUCUUUCAUAGAUUUUUAUGAUCUCUCGGCCUCUUUUGCUUGAUGGCCAUUCAGACAUGUUUAUUAAGUAUUUAUUAAAA